ACCACCAAGCCAAGUACCGAGGCCUGAGCCAUGUCAAGAAGUGGGCAGCCUCGAACUGGGAACCUUCCACACAGUCUUCAAGCAACUUAGAGCAGCACCAACAGUCACCAUGAAAGUUCUAAUCUCUUCCCUCCUUCUGUUACUGCCAAUAAUGCUGAUGUCUGUGGUCUCUAGCAGCCCAAACCCAGGUAAGGGUCACAAGAGCCAUAGGGACCAAUGCCAGGCUUUUGGGAGGUGGCUCCAGGCAGGUGGCCAAGAUUGUGAGUGCAAAGAUUGGUUCCUGAGAGCCCCUAAAAGAAAACUCAUGACAGUGCCUGGCCUCCCAAAGAAUCAGUGUCCCUGUGAUCAUUUCAAGGGCAAUGUGAAGAAAACCAGGCACCAAAGGAACCACAGGAAGUCAAACAAGCACUCCAGAGGCUGCCAGCAUUUCUCAAACGAUGUCAGCUAGCAAGCUUUGCUCUGCCUUUAUAGGAGCUUUUAGCCCACUCUCCCAAUGAAACA